CCUCAAAAAUAAUAUUUUCUCAAAUUGAAAUAAAAUUUAGUUCUCCUAAUAAAAGUUAAAUAAUGAUAUUAUCCAAACAAACAAAAUGAUUUAUUUUUCCUAACCUCAAAUAAAAAAAAGCAAAAAUAAAAUCUUGAGAUCAUCUUGUUCAUGACUCUCCCCAACGCCAACUACCAUCAAAACAAACACAUUGCCAUUGUCAACCUUGGACUAUUCAAUUUCAAAAUCUUCCUUCUUCUUUCUUCCCUUCUCUUGAUUUGAUUUUCUAAGUAAACUUUCUACUUUCCUCCCUAAAUUCAAUAAUGGGCACUUCUUAUCCCUCUCCAAUAACACCAUCAAACACUAGAAUUGGUUGGAUUGGUAUUGGUGUGAUGGGGUCUGCCAUGGCUUCUCGUCUUCUUUCAUCUGGAUUUUCUCUUAUUAUUUACGCUCGAAAUCCUUCAAAAGCUGAUUCCCUUCUUUCACUUGGUGCUCAACUUGCUGAUUCUCCUGCCCAUUUAGCUAAAUCUUGUGAUAUCGUUUUCACCAUGUUAGGACACCCACAAGAUGUUCGACAAAUUGUCUUGUCUGAAAAUACUGGAGUUUUAUCUGGUUUGAACCCAAAUGGGGUCAUAGUAGAUCAUACUAGUAGCCACCCUGAAUUAGCUAAGGAGAUAUAUGCUGCUGCUCGUGAAAAGAAUUGUUGGGCAGUUGAUGCUCCUGUUUCAGGGGGUGAUUUAGGUGCUAGAAAUGGCAAUUUGACUAUUUUUGCUGCUGGAGAUGAGUCUAUUGUGUGUUGGUUAUCUCCAUUAUUGCAAAUUAUGGGUAGUAAAGUGAGUUAUAUGGGGGGUCCUGGAAAUGGGCAUAGCUGUAAGAUUGCUAAUCAGAUUGUGGUUGGGGCUAAUUUGCUUGGUUUGAGUGAAGGUUUGACCUUUGCUAAGAAAGUAGGGUUAGAAAGGAAUCACUGGAUGGAAGCUGUGCAAGGAGGUGCAGCAGGUUCAAUGGUGAUGGAUCUUUUUGGACAAAGGAUGAUUGAUAAGGAUUUUAAACCUGGUGCGUUUGCUGAGUACAUGGUGAAAGACAUGGGUAUGGGAGUUGAUUUCAUUGAAGGGGAAAAGGAAGAUGAUAAGAUUGUUGUAUUGCCUUGUGCUUCACUGACUAAGCAGUUAUUCUCUGGGAUGGUUGCUAACGGUGAUGAAAAGCUUGGGACUCAAGGUCUUAUCAGUGUUAUUGAGAGGAUGAAUGGCGUUUGAGGUCUAUACUUCAUUCUCCUUUACUGUACUUCUUUCGGCGGAUAACUACUCUUGUGAGAGAUCGUUUCUCGGUGAGAUGACAUCAAACAAAGAGCCUAUAUUAUCAUAAUAUAUACAAGAUGAGCUAUUUAAGCCAUAUAUGAGGUGCGUCUCUCAGUGAGACCGUCUCUUGGUAAUGAUAAUAACAUGUUGUGUUGUGUCUUUUUAGAUACUCUUAGAGUGUUUUUUGUUCUUUUACUUAUUUAUUUUAAUGAACGCUUGCAUAAUGCCUUAACCUAUUCUAAUGACAUGGGUUUGUUUGGAAA